UUUUCCUCCAACUCUCUAUUUUUACUAAUGCCAUCUCAUGACACCAGCGAAUAUGUGUUUUGCCAGUGUUGCGAGAAACUAUUCAACUCGUCAGAGGCUAUGAGGAAGCACAUAAGCGAAAUGAAGCGGCUGAAGCUGCAGGCAAUGUUGGUCAGAAGCGAGUUUGGGCUCGUCUUCACAGAUUUAUAGAAGGCAAACCGCGGCUCGAGCCGUUCCCAACCCUAAAAUUUUCAGGCAAUCGACAGAAAAAUACACAGCAG